UACAAGAAAGGGUGUGUGAGAGAGAGAAGAAAUUAUGGGAUGCUUUUUGAUUGGUACUCUUGUGGUUAUUUUGUCGAUUGGAAAUAUUAUCGAAGAGACAAAUGGUGAAAUAUCUUCAAAAGUUUUGAGCUACAUAAAGCUGAUGAAUAAGAGAGGUCCUUAUUUGGGGAUUGUAGCUCCAAACAACUUCGAGCUUAAUCCUCUUCUCGCUUCUCAAGCCUAUGUUCCGUAUCCCUCUUUGCCCUUCAUCGAUUUUGCGGGUAGAAGAUUUCGAUUUGGUAAAAUAUCAAACCAACGUGUGGUGAUCGUGAUGGCAGGAUUAGGAAUGGUAAAUGCAGGAGUAGGAACACAAUUACUAGUGAGCCUGUUUAGGCUGAAAGGAGUGUUGCAUUAUGGAAUCGCUGGAAACGCACACACUACUAGAAAACUGCCGGAUUCUGAGGGAAAUUCCGAGGGACUAUGUGUCCGUCGGAAUAUUCCCACGAAAUUCCGAGGAAAUUCCGAGGAAACACAAUUUUCGUGUUUCCUCGGAAUUUCCUCGGAAUUUUCCGAGGAAAUUCCGACGGACUGGUAGAUCCCUCGGAAAUUUCCGAGGAAAUUCCGAGGGAUAAUAGAGCCGUUGAUUAUUCCGAGGAAAUUCCGACGGCAACGGCUAGUUGGUCGGAAUUUCCUGGGAAUGUCGUGGGAAAUAUCGGCAGAUUUAAUCUAUAAAUGCAAGCACCCCUCAUCCUCUUCAUUCACUACAUAUCUUCA